AUGGGCCUUCUUAAUAUUGUGGUAAGUUCAGAAUCUUCCAUUGUCACAUUUCCUACUCCCACUCCUAUUCCUACUCCCACCUCCGCGUCCUUUGCGCCAAUGACUUUGAGAACUAAUAGAGGGAACAAUAGGUUCCAUCGUUAUGUCCGACUUAUCGUCAAUGCGAUCAGCCAUUGGGUCUACAGCACAGUUCCAAUACCAUCGAAUCCUUCUUUCACAUCCAAAGAUGUGAGCGUCAUAAUACCUACAAUCCAUAAUAAUUUCGUUGAAUUGAGGGACUCUCUACAGAGUAUACUCGCAUGCCAACCAGCCGAGCUCAUUCUAGUCACCACAGCCGACAAAUAUCAAAAGCUUGUGCACUUUUCCAAGUCAUUGGAGGCCAAUAAUGUCAAAGUAUACUUUGCCCCAAUCGCAAACAAACGCAUUCAAGUGUGCGAGGUGAUUCCGUAUGUGAAGACGCGCAUCUUGGUUGUGGCAGAUGAUGAUGUCACGUGGCCAAGAACAAUACUACCCUGGUUACUUGCACCUUUUGAGGAUGCAAAGAUUGGCGGUGUUGGACCAUGUCAACGAGUCAAACGGGUACGCGACGGCACCUUCGCAGAACGCGCAUUCAAUUGGCUUGGAGCUGCUUAUAUUGAAAGACGCAACUUUGAGAUUUCGGCCACCCAUGGGAUUGACGGUGGAACAUCCUGCAUGUCAGGGCGAACUUGUGCAUUCAGGUCCGAGAUUCUGCAGAGUCCUCUUUUUCUAGAUGGAUUUAAGACCGAAAGAUGGGGCCAAUAUCAUCUCAAUGCUGAUGAUGAUAACUUUGUCACGAGAUGGUUGGUCGCAAAUCAAUGGUCGACAUGGAUUCAAUACAACCGAGAAUGCGAGAUUGAAACGACCCUUGAGAACAAUUUCAAAUACUUGUAUCAAUGCUCGAGAUGGGCUCGCAGCAAUUGGAGAAGUAACUAUACCAGUUUAGUCACGGAGAGACACGUUUGGCAUCAACAGCCUUGGUGUGUGUAUGCUUUGCAUGUUGCCACCUUUACCUCCUUGUCCUUCGUCUUCGAUCCUCUCAUCAUCUUCAUCUCAUUGAAGGCGACUGCAUCCUGGUCCCCGCAUCAUCAAAUGAUUGCAGUGAUUGCUCAAUUGGUAUUCAUGCUUACGACAAAGGUCGUGAAGUUGAUCGGGCUCUUCAUCCGAGAACCCAAAGAUAUUGGGUUACUUCCGGUCUCCAUUCUCUUCGGAUAUUUCCACGGGUGGAUAAAACUAUAUGCACUGCUGACACUUCGGAUGACUUCGUGGGGCAGUCGUGCAGACGGAGAUGCCAAUGAUAGCCAUCGUAUGAGUCCUCGAGCACGCCGCAGCGAAAGCAUUACACUUCCACCGGGUAACCACCCGGGUCUCAUCCGCUACAAAGACGAAGUGCAAGUGGGAGCACCCGAAGCAUUCGAAGCCCACAACAUCUCAUGUUCGGAAAAGUCGAGCUGCGCACUCCUACUGGAGCCUAACCCCUACCCCAUCCCGGAAGAUGAGUACGACGAAUCUUUCGUCGACGAGAGUAAUCUCGAUUCGGCUUCCGAUGCUUCUUACGAUGCAAAUGAUUCCCAUGAUGAUGAUGUCUUUCUUUCUCAUUAA